CACAACAAACACCACCAACCAACUUGAAAUGAGUGAUUUAGUCACUUGUAGACCCCAAAAUAAGCACUAUGAUUUGUGGUAUAAAUAUAUCUCAAGAACCCCAGUUGAAAACGGGGCAGACCCAUAAUUUUCUUUGACCCGACCCGAUUAAUUCAAGCUAAUUCUCCACUCAACUUCCUUAAUUCACUAUCCCCUAAAUUUUGGGUUCAUGCAUCAACCAUUGGUUAUUUCAGUUCCGGAGGAAAUAAUGGAUGAAGCGCGGCCGCCACCAAAGUCAUUAAGGCAAUAUAUCUCAGCCUAUUGGACCAGGCUUUGUGAAAUGUAUUACAACAAGCCGAUUUCACACUGGAUUCUUCUGUUUCUAAGUAGUAGCAUCGGGAUGCUUGUUGCGUUCCCUGCUUCUAGCCUCUUGUCCCGUUUAUAUUUCGCAAAUGGAGGGAAGAGCAAGUGGAUAAUUUCAUGGAUUUCAGUUGCAGGAUGGCCUCUGAUCGCAAUCGUCCUAAUUCCUUCUUACUUCUUUCUUAAAGUGUUCCCAACGCCACUUGACUUAAAACUAACUUUAUCUUAUGUUGUAUUGGGAUUCUUGAGUGCUGCCGACAACCUCAUGUAUGCGUACGCCUAUGCCUAUCUGCCUGCAUCGACCGCUGCUCUUUUGGCCUCGACUUCGCUGGUGUUUUCUGCACUAUUCGGAUAUCUUCUCGCGAAGAACACUAUGAAUCUAUCAAUUAUAAAUUCUAUCGUGAUCAUUACUGCUGCCAUGACGAUCAUUGCUCUUGAUUCUAGUUCAGACAGGUACGGAUAUAUCACCGACCGUCAGUACAUUAUUGGUUUUGUGUGGGAUAUACUGGGAUCUGCACUCCACGGUCUUAUUUUUGCCUUGUCCGAAUUAGUUUUCGUGAAAUUACUUGGUAAAAGGUCCUUCCUUGUUGUUCUUGAGCAGCAACUCAUGGUUUCCCUUUUUGCCUUUAUAUUUACAACAAUCGGACUCGGUAUAAGUGACGGUUUCCAGGGGAUGAAAUCCGAGGCAACUACGUUCAAAGGCGGAAAAAAUGCAUAUUACUCGGUUAUCGUUUGGGGAAUUAUCACUUUUCAGUUGGGAGUCUUGGGAGCCACUGCAGUUGUUUUCCUCUCCUCUACUGUCUUGGCCGGUGUCCUUAACGCUGUUAGAGUACCGGUUACAGCCAUUGCAGCUGUGAUAUUGUUGCAUGAUCCUAUGAGUGGUUUCAAGAUCUUGUCUUUGAUUAUUACAUUCUGGGGAUUUGGCUCUUACAUUUACGGCAGCUAUAGCCCCGCGAAAAAGGAAGCUGUGGGAACUAUUUCUUAGUUUUUGCUGUUUUCGCCAUUAUUUCCAUCCUUCACACUAUUGAUAUAAGAUUGGAGAGCACAAUGUAUAUGUAUAUGUAUAUGUACUGGCUGGUUCAGUUGAAAUGGAACAAACCAUUACUACAACUGCUGGGAAAAUGAAGUUGAAACAAUAUAGAGUCUGAAGGAAGCAAAAAAGAUAAACUUUCCUGCCAUUUCACUAUUCCAUUGUAGCAAGAUGUAUUAUACUCUUGUUGAGCUAUAGUAAAAUGUCAAAGUUGAUCCCUAUA